UGUCAAAAAAAUGUCUUCAUGACACAUUCACUGUUUUGUUUUAUUUAAUUUAAAUAAUUACAAAAAUAAUAAAAAAAGUCACAUAUACCUAUGUUUUAAUUAUUUCCUGUAAAUUAAUCAAAUAUUUAAGUUUUUGUUAUAACGUUUUAAUUACCUAAAUAUGGUAAAAGUGUGGAAAUUGGGCCUUAUGAAUUAUGAUACAGCUUUAAAUAUCCAAUUAGCGAUAGCAAGAAAGCAUUUAGAUGCAAUGAUGAAAGGAACUACUACAAACUAUGACACUCUACUGCUCGUGGAACACAAACCGGUUUAUACUGUGGGUAUUAGGGAUGACACACCAAGUGAUGAAAUCUUCAGACUAAAAAACCUUGGAGCAGAGUUCAAGAAAACUAACCGAGGCGGUCUAAUCACUUUUCACAAUCCAGGACAACUUAUAGCAUACCCCAUUAUUAACCUCAAACAUUACAAAACCAGUGUAAAAUGGUAUGUUAAUAGCUUAGAAGAAACUGUUAUAAGGCUGUGUGCAGAAUUAGGUGUAAAAGCAAAACGAUCUCCACAUACAGGAGUGUGGGUUGAAGAAAAUAAAAUAGCUGCAAUUGGAAUUCAUGCAUCUCGAUAUGUCACAACACACGGAAUAUCUAUAAAUUGUGACAAUGAUUUGUCAUGGUUCCAGCACAUUGACCCUUGUGGUAUAGCUGAUAAGGGUGUUACCUCUCUUAGCAAAGAAACUGGUAUUAACUGUACCACAGAGAAAAUAACUCCAAUAUUUCUCCGCAACUUUGAAGAUGUAUUUCAAUGCAAGUCAGAGGAAUUGAGCAAAAGUAUACAACAAGAAAUCCUUAAUGACGUCUGUAGUGAAUUAUUAGUAGAAACAAAUUAAUGUCAUAAGUCUACCUAAAAAAGAAAAUUGUUGAAUAUUUAUACCUUUGUUAUGCAAUGAAAUAAAAAAAUAUAUUUUAA